AUGCUGAGAUUCCCCAAAAAGAAGACCACCAGAUCCUUCUUAACGGUAAGACUUCUGGAAGCGAGCGCGAGCGCCGCGUCCACCGAACUUCUUGGGUUCACAGCGGCGGGGAUCAGCGACGAGGAGUGUGCGGUCGUACCGGACGAGGAUAUCCUUGAUCUCCUUCUUCGCCUGCUCAUCAACGUACUUCUGGUAGAACGCCACCAGGGCCUUGGCAAUGCUCUGGCGGAUAGCGUAGAUCUGGGAGACGUGACCGCCGCCCUUCACGCGGAUCCGCAUGUCAACUCCGGCGAAGCGGUGGCGCCCGAGGAGAAGGAUGGGCUCGUACGCCUUGUACCGGAGGAUCUCCGGUUGAACCAGCUCGAUGGGGCACCCGUUGAUCUUGAUCAGCCCACGGCCGCGCUUGCAGUAGGUCACAGCCACCGCGUUCUUCUUCCUCCCGAAGCACUGCACGGACUCUACGGCCGCCGGCGCCGCCAUUGUCGCCGUUCGCGAUGA